UUAUAUGGUAUCUUGGGAACAACAAAGUGAAGACAAUGAACUCUAUGAACUGGAUUAUUGUCUGAAGGGCUUGAAGUUACCUUCUUGGACAUGGUCUCCCCCUCUAGUAGAAGACCAUAUCAAGCACAAUGGGACUGAGGAUGAAAAAAAAAUUGAAAUUUGUUGUACCUGCCCUAAAACAGAUUCUCAGAUCCAGAAGGAGUUGGAAGAAUCUGCCUUCCGGAAGACUUUUGAGAAUUACCUCCACAAUGAAGUCUUUGUUCAGAGGCCAGCGGAAGGAUCAAGGAGGCGGCGAGAUCUUGGGAGAGUUGCUAAUAGCACCAUGGUGGCUCCAACCACGCUGGGCUUGCUAAACAUGUGUACGACAACACCAGAGGAACCGAAGCCUUUUCAGAUGAUGGUUUUCAAGGAGUCAGUAGUCAUUUCCAACUUGCAACACUUCACAGGGUACCGGAUUGAGAUCCAAGCCUGUAAUCGUGAAGCUCUAACAGUAUGCAGCAUUGCAGCAUACAUCAGUGCCAGGACCAUGCCAGAAGUGAAAGCAGAUGACAUUGUUGGGCCUGUGACUCAUGUGUUAAUAGAGAAAAAUGUAGUCCACUUAAAGUGACAGGAGCCGAAGGAGCCAA